UCUGCUAGAGGACAGGCGUUGUUCUCCGCACAAGAGCGUCGAACCGAGUGCUGUCCUUUAGGUCCAAAGCAUGAGACAGUGAUAUCGCAUCAGAACGAUAUUCAUCAGGUAUCACCAUGACGACGCAGCGCUAGCGCUCAGCAUCUGGACCAGCAGCAGCAGCAUCAUCAGCGCGCGCAGGUGCGCGGCAUCCGUCGGGAAGGAUGGAGUUUAAGCAGCUCGUGGACACCGCGGAGAAAUGGUGCUCGGGAAACCCGUUCGACCUGAUCUUCGCCGAGGAUGUGGACGAGAGACGCCUGGACUUCUACGCUGAGCCCGGUAUAUCCUUCUACGUGCUCUGCCCGGACAAUCUAACCGGGGGAACCGAGAAUUUUCACGUGUGGAGUGAGAGUGAAGACUGUCUGCCGUUUCUGCAGCUGGCGCAGGACUACAUCUCCUCCUGUGGGAAAAAAACACUGCUGGAGGUGCUCGACAAAGUCUUCAGAUCCUUCAGACCUCUCCUGGGUCUUCCAGAUAUCGAUGAUGACGCGUUCGAUCAGUAUCAUGCUGACGUGGAAGAAGAACCAGAGCCGGACCACCAGCAGAUGGGAGUGAGCCAGCAAUAAUGUCCAUCAGAAAGAACACGCUUGGCAUUCUCCGUAUCAGUUCUCUUCCUAAACACACACACACGCUGUAUCAGAUCACCCUUUAAUAUCUGUACACCGGCUCAUGAAUUAACCCAAAGCAUCACGUUACUUUGAUCUGUAUUACAUUUAACAUUAUUCCAACACCUGAUGUGAUAUCAGGAGGUAGCAGAUCAGAAUCCAUUUUGGGACGGCAUAUUGCAUACUGCAUCCUUCCAUUAAAAGUGUGUGAGACGUCAUUGAUAUUUGAUUUAACAUCGUUGUCAUAUCACAUCGGCGUCUUGCACCUUUAAUUUGGCGAAAGGCGUCUGGAUUCAUCCUCUGAGAAGUCAAUGUUGCAUCAUGUUUUAUCCCCUUAUGUGUUAAAAAAACGUUUGGCACUAAUGAAGCAAAAGUUGUUAUAGAUUCCCAUCGCUGGCCAUUUUGACCAACGCAAUUUGACAUGUUGAAAAGUAAAGCGCAAUUUCAAUGGAGGAAUUGUAGAAAACAAGACUUGUUGAUUUGAUCCGAUCUGAUGAGUCGUAUACGAAACAUUUUUUUGAGAAAUGCGUUUAUAUUUUGUUCGGAAUAUGAAGGUUCAUGGAGAAAGUUUUAUUUGAAGUCUUCAAAUUUAACCUUUCAGGUUCUUGAGUUUUUAUUUAACCCCAGCUGUACUUGAUGAGAUUGUAUUAUAUUUAAAUGAAUCAAUCUACGAUAUCUGCUAUGACAAAUAACCAAAAAUCGAAGCGCAUACAACAUUUUUGUAGAUUCAAUCAAGCAGAUGAGAAGAUAAAGCUGAUUGUGUCGUUGUGUUUUGCGGUGACUGAAAGCUCUCUUUGUCGAUCUUUUGUCCUCAUUGAUUGUAUUAAUCUACACUAAUUUAAGUUGUUACUGUCAGAUGAGAGUUUCACUGUAGACAACCAUCGUAAUAUUCAUCUGUUGAAAGCGAAGCGCUCUUACAAAAAAUAAAUGUUUGACUUGAUCAAGAACCCUUUUCACAGCAUUCGCUUCUUGAGUUGCUUCGUGCUUCUUUGUGGAGAUGACAUUCUGCGGCUCAGUGAUUCCAGUUUCUAGCACACGAAUGGUUUUCUAAAGAAUUGUAAAAUCUUCUUUGUGGAUAAUGAAUAAGAUUGUUUUUGACAUCAGGCUGAAAGCCCCUUUUCACUUCUAACUUUGCGCAUUGCCAGAUUCUGAAGGGUCAGUGGCUGUUGUUGAAUAAUUGUGUAGCCCUGCUGGUGGUCUAUGGUCAUCUUUGGCAUGUGUUAACGAUCUAGUUAUGGUCAUAUAACCUGAUGAGCUGAAAACAUUUUCUGAUCAUGACAUGAGAACAGCUGGAGACACAGAUGCUCUUCAGAAGUGUCUUCCUGCACACGCUCGGUGGAAAGUGAAGCGUAGAGAAGAAGUUACAUCCGUGUUUUAUUGAGAUUAAACCUCCUGACCGUCUCGAUGUACUUAUGUAACUCGGUUAUGUAAACCCUGUGCUGGAUUUGUGGGUUAUUUUGAUUUCAUUUGUUUUCUUGGUCUUCAGUGAUGAUAAUUCAACACGCACUCUUCGUGAAAUUCUACUUCUGCUCAGCCAUGUAAGUUUUAUGUAGCUAAAAUAUUUAUUUACUUAUUUAUUUGUCCUUUGUGUAUGUAAAACUAUUUGUGGACGAUACCUUAGUCACCUUUUUAUCCAAGAAUUAAAAAGAAUGUUAAAACCUUUUAAAAUGUGGUCAUUAAAAAUAUUGUUCUGGAGUUUAGAUAAAUAUAAACAGCCUGUUGUCUAGAAACAUUAAAGAUUCAAUCUGAAGUCAACAUGUUUGGAUCAGCAUGUACUGUAAACCUCAAAUUCAGCGAUUAAAUAUGAACCUUAUAACUGCA